AUGGUGAAAACUCCUUUAGACCCACCUCCCGCCUACAAGGCCCUCCCUAGACUGCCUAUUCCGAUAGAAGACCAAAGAUGCUCCCUACAAGCCGAGGAAUACAACACCCUCAAGGAAUAUGACAUUGUAUACAUUGUCGACGACAACCUGCUGAUGAGCUGGACGGAUAGAAAACUGGGAAUUGUACCGUGGACUCAGACUGGUGAUGCCUUGGCCCUGUUUGCCAGUAUAUGUGCCGAGUGGGACGACCAAGGCCAGGAUAUCUGGUUUGUGAACCAACGGGAGCCAUUGUUGGACUUAUCUCCAGAGGAGAUUCAGCUUCAAUUCGACGGCAGAAGCCCUGUGGGAACUGCUAAUAUGGCAAGCACUCUUCUACGGCUAGUUCAGCGAUACUUUGGCGAUUUCAUCCACGGCCAGACCAAAGCGAUGAAUAUCAUUGCCAUAUCAGAUAGAGCUUUUCCCGAGGAAUUGGCCAACACCGUGGCCUGGACCGUUCAGCAACUUGAAGUUUUCAAGGCGCCCAAGGAGCAUUUGGGGAUCCAGUUUGUCCAAGUCGGUGCCGACCACACAACAAGAAAAAGCCUUAUACAUCUCGGCAGCAUUAUAGAGAAAAAGAAACUCGCCAGGGAUAUCGUGGAUGCUGUCCCCUGGGAGAGCGGUCACUGUAACCGGUUCACUGGUGAGCCUGCGGCAAAGGGCCAGCAGCAAUUCACUCAGGCAGAUCUUAAUCGAAUUGUGAUGGAGUACCUCAACAAGAAAGGGUUCCACAAGACAGAAGCCAUGUUCCGUUUGGAAAGUUCCAAUACGGCGACGCCUCUGGCAGGAAUGCCUACUCCAUCAAGCACCUCGUAUCCCGGACCAACGGAAAUCUCGCUGGGCUAUCCAACUGGUGGCAAGCAGACCAAGGCUGACAUAGAACUCAGGGAAAUGAGAGAUAAGGUUGCAAGAACCGAAAGGGAAUUAAGGGAUUACAAGGACAAGGGCUCGUACGACCGGAAGGAGGAGGAGCUCCGGCUGUUGAAAGAAGAGGAGGAGAAACAGAAACGGGAGAACGAUCCAGACAUUUACGCCAGAGCGUACUCGAUCCUCAGAAGCUGGGUCGAGACGUCCUUGGACUUGUACAAGCCUGAGUUGUCCCGUAUCUUGUACCCACUUUUCGUUCAUUGCUACUUGGAGCUCGUUUCCAAGAACUUUAUCAAGCACGCCAAAAUCUUCUACGACAAUUUCAAGGACGACCACAUGAUUUUGCAUGGAUUGGAGGUGAAGCAGCUCGCAGGUAUCUCCUUGCCUGAUCACUUGAAGGAGGACCCUUUGGCUCAAGCAUACCGCACCAACAAGUACAGAAUCUUGGUAUCCAAGACGACAAUGAACCUUUUACUAUAUUUCCUUCACGAGAACGAGGCCGUUGGCGGUGCCGUUCUCAUUCGAAUCAUUAACCAGUACCUCAAUCCCAUCAUAUCAACGACGAGACCAGAUAAGGUCACGCAAGAGGGAGAGGCUGAUCCUGCUGAAGGAAUUCCGGGUUACAUCACCAGCACAAACGAGAUCGAGAAGUUCAACGAGCAACCAGUUCAGCUUGGUAAACUACCGUUGGAUGAAGAUACGCAGAAGGAGGUUGAGGCCGAGUUGAAGGUGAAGGAUGAAACUACUGAGCCCGUGGACGGCAAGACCCUUGUGAAGGAGUUUGAAGAGCUCAAGGAACCAGACAAGGACUCACCUGCAGCAGACUCGAUCCCACUACCCUUGAAGGACGCUUCAGACGUUAAAAGAAUGAUUCUCGCCGUGGAGGACUCCCGCUCCAAAAUCAAGUUGGGUGCCCUUCAGGCCAGUGCUCCUUCUGUGUGCAUGUACACUUUCCACAACACCAACAAUGACAUGACAUGUCUUGAGUUCAACGAGGACUCCAAUACCGUUGCCGCGGGAUUCCAGGACAGCUUCAUCAAAUUGUGGAGUCUCGAUGGGCGCCCUCUUAAAUCCGUAUUCAAGAGAGAUUCUAGCAACAACGACAACACCAGACGACUUGUCGGCCACAGUGGGCCAGUUUACGGUUUGUCGUUUUCUCCCGACAACAAGUACUUGAUCUCCUCUUCGGAAGAUAAGACAGCACGUCUUUGGUCGAUGGAUACCUAUACCGCCUUGGUUUCUUACAAGGGCCACAACCAGCCCAUUUGGGAUGUCAAAUUCUCUCCUUUCGGCCACUACUUUGCAACCGCCUCGCACGACCAAACAGCCCGUCUUUGGGCAACCGACCACAUCUACCCAUUGCGUAUUUUCGCUGGUCACAUUAACGACGUGGACUGCGUUGAAUUCCAUCCAAAUUCCAACUACGUCUUCACGGGAUCCUCAGACAAGACCGCCAGAAUGUGGGAUGUGCAGACCGGUAACGCCGUGCGUAUUUUCAUGGGACACACUGGUGCUGUCAACUGUAUGGCCGUUUCACCCGACGGUAGAUGGGUGGCUACUGCAGGUGAAGACACUGUGAUUAACAUCUGGGAUGCUGGUUCUGGUCGUCGCUUGAAGAGUAUGAGAGGUCACGGACGUUCCUCUAUAUAUUCUUUGGCGUUUAGUCGCGAUGGCGGUGUUCUUGUCAGUGGUGCAUCUGAUAACACGGUUAGAGUGUGGGACGUCAAGAGAAAUACUAACGACGCGGGCCCGACACCUGAGCCAUUAAACGGUGAAGGCAUAAACGGCAGCAGCUUGACGUCAUCUUCAGGCAGCGAGGGGAAGAAGCCUGCCGAAAGAGUAAGCAGAAAGGAAAUCGUCGCCACGAGCGACCACAUGACAGCAUACUUCACGAAAAAGACACCCGUAAAAAUGCAAUUCUCCCACAUUCUUGCCUUGGCCUCUGUUGUGGCCUUCACCAAUGCCAUCUCCAGUGGUGGUUCCUCUGAGGGUUCUGGUGACUCCUCUGGAAGCGGUGGUGGUGCUUCUGGUGACUCUUCUAGUGGCGGCUCCAGCGGCGGCUCCAGCGGUGGCUCCAGCGGUGGUUCCAGUGAGGGUGGCUCCAGUGGUUCUUCUGGUUCCGCUGGUUCUGCCGGUGACUCUUCUUCUGGUGGUUCUUCCGGUGGCUCCUCCGGUGGCUCCUCCGGCGGUGACUCGUCCUCCGGCGGUUCCUCUGGCUCUUCUGGUGGACUCGCUGGCUUGGGUUCCUCCGGUUCUUCUGAGUCUGCCUCCCCAUCUGGCUCCUCCGGUUCUUCUGGCAGCCUGGCUAGCGGCUCUUCCGGCUCCACUGCCUCUGGUGCCUCCGACUCCUCGUCUCCUGGCUCCUCCGGUUCUUCUUCUGGAUCUUCCGGUUCCCUGAGCAAGUCGGGCUCUUCUGGCUCUUCUGCCAAUCCUUCCGCCUCUGCCAGUGCUGCUGCUGGUGGCAAGACCGCUGGCGGUGCUGUGGCUGUGGCUGCCAUUGUGGGCAACUUGUUGCUCUAA